CAAGAGACUAGCCUGUAGCCUGGGUGCUAUUCAUCAUUCUAAUUUCUAGCCGCAGGCCUGCGUCGGCUCGGUCUCAUCCAUUUUACGGGGUUUAUCUAGGGUUUCGCUCUCUCUCUGACUCUCUCUCUCUGUCUCUCUGUGUGUGGGCCAUAGCCAUGGCGAAACCAAGCCGAGGCCGUCGGUCGCCGCCAUCUGGGUCCGUUUCGGGCUCCUCCUCUCGGUCAAGGUCCUACACCGGCUCCGACUCCCGUUCCAGCUCUCGGUCCCGGUCCCUCUCACGUUCCAGAUCUCGAUCGAGGACGUUCUCCUCAUCUUCUUCUCCGUCUCGUAGUAUCAGUUCUCGCAGCGCAAGCCCCCCGCCUUCGAAGAAGAGUCCUAUGGAAGUAGCUAGGCGAGGUCGUUCUCCACCACCAAAUUCUAAGAGAACUUCUCCACCACCGAGGAAAGCUUCUCCUAUGCAAGAAUCGCUUGUCCUUCACAUAGACAAACUCAGCCGGAAUGUGAAUGAAGGCCAUUUGAAAGAAAUAUUCAGUAACUAUGGUGAAGUUGUAAAUGUGGAGCUGGCAAUGGAUCGCGUUGUCAACCUUCCUAAGGGCUAUGGAUACGUGGAGUUUAAGACAAGAGUGGAUGCUGAAAAGGCACAAUUAUACAUGGAUGGUGCCCAAAUUGAUGGGAAUGUCGUUCAAGCAAGGUUCACUUUACCUCCUCGACAGAAGGUGUCACCACCCCUAAAAGCGACUGCCAAUGCUCCAAGGAGAGAUGCUCCCAAAACUGAUGGUGUCACUGCUGAUGUUGAGAAGGAUGGACUCAAGCGGCAGAGAGAACCUUCUCCCCGUCGGAAGCCUCCUGCCUCACCCCGAAGGAGAUCUCCUAUUGCUCGAAGGGGAGGAUCCCCUAGACGUCAGCCAGAUUCUCCUCCACGCCGUCGUGCAGAUUCUCCCAUCCGUCGUCGAGUGGAAUCUCCUUAUCGCCGCGGUGAUACACCUCCAAGGAGAAGGCCCACAUCUCCUGGCAGAGGUCGUUCCCCAUCUCCAUUAAGGCGCAACAGAUCCCCUGCAAGAAGGAUGCGUGGCAGUCCUGUUCGCAGACGUUCUCCACUUCCUCCAAGGCGCCGUACGCCUCCAAGACGAGCUCGUAGUCCUCCUAGAAGGUCUCCAAUUGGUCAUAGACGUAGUCGCUCUCCCAUUCGCAGACCUGCUCGCUCACGUUCGCGAUCAGUCUCUCCACGGAGCAGAGGACGGGCACCAGUCACAAGACGUGGGAGGUCAUCAUCCUACUCUAAGUCACCUAGUCCAUGCAAGGUCGCCAGGAGAUUGAGUCGUAGUCCAAGAAGGCCUUUGAGAGGAAGGAGCAGUAGCAACAGCAGCCGCAGUAGUUCGCCACUGCCACCUCGUAAGCCAUAGGUAAUCAUCACAUCUCUCUCUCCCCUUUUGCUGCCGCACUUCUCCAUUCCCCACCCCCCCACCACCCCAAAAAAAAAAAAGAAAAGAAAAAGAAAAAGAAAAUGAAGGAAAUCCGACCCCAAGCGUGUAGACUGUGGAAACAAAAGAUAUUAUGGCUGUAAUAUUGGAGUCUUUUGUUGGCUAUGACAAGAAGAUUUUAGGGCUGUAAUAUUUGAGGCAUUUGUUGACCAUGAAAACGACAUAUUAUGACUGUAGUAUUGUAGUAGAUAUUCUGUACCGUUUAUGGUCUAUUUUUAAGUUAUUUGAAGUCCAAAACUCCGACAGAGAAAACAAUAUGGAAAGGGUGUCUCUUGUUCUUAUUAAGGCUA